AUGUUAGCUGCUCAGUUGGCUCCGUCACUUUGGGGUUUAGGAUGUUCGUCGGUGUACAUACAGUCAAUCGGUCUAUUUCCAUCCGCUCGAAUGAAUGGAAUUAUCCCGCAUGUUUUUGGUUCACCACCAACACAAGGUCAGCACCCUUUAGAGACAGUAUUAGUAAAAAAGGUAGAUUCUCCUCACAAUCUAGUAGAAACCGUGCAAUGGCUUGAAACAUUCUUACAAAGCCCUAUAGGUACUCUAGGCCAUUACCGAGUUGUUGUCAUUGACUCAAUCUCAAGUAUAUGUCAUUUUCAUUUUACUAACACAAGAGAGUCUAUGAUGGAAAGGACCGCAAUUGUGAAGGUGGUAUCAAAUGGACUUAGGUUGUUGGCAAAGAAAUAUGAUCUUGUUGUUGUAGCUGUCAAUGAUGUUAUAGAAGUAUCCCAGUAUGAGUACAACAGUGGUAGCAAUAUGAUAAUGUCAAACGGGAGGAAGGUGCGACCUGCUGCACUUGGAAAAUUUUGGUCUAAUAAUAUUUCUACAAGGAUAUUUUUGUCAAAGACGUACAAUAACAGUACUGGAGGGUGGGAUAGAACAAUAUCGUUGUUAUCAUCCCCCGUAUUAGAAAAUGAUGGGUGCAGUUUUAUAAUUAGUAAUGCAGGUGUUGUUGAUGUAUGA